AUGACUACAGUAAAUGAAUCUAUGGUGUCCUCCUCACCGAUCACCGCCUCAUAUGGACAGGAUAAAUCGAAUAAAAAAAGAUCUAUUUCUUCUUCUCUACUGAAUUUCUUCAGUAGAAUCACACAUAAUAAUGAAAAUGAAAUUAAUGACUCUUAUCCAGAUGAAGCUGUACAAAUAAGGAAGAAAAAAAGAUUAGGAUAUACCAAAUCAUCUCCUUCGCAUAAUAGUAGCAGCGAUAAUGGUAAUGAUGAUAAUAAUAGCGAUUACCAUUUCACAUACAACAAAGGAACAAAUUCAUAUAUGGAGCAACCAUUAAUUUUAUAUGAAACAGAUGACCAUGGUUCAGAUAAUCAGGAUAUUUCAAUAAACAGUAUAAGGCCUCCAAUACUGCCUAUUUUGCCUAUACAGAGAUUGAAAUUAUUGAGACGAAAACAAAUAUUAAGGUUAAAAAGGGAUACUGAAUUGAUUCAAAAUAUAGAUUCUAAUGGAGUUGAUACUAGGGAUACUAGAGAUACUAGUGUCAAAUUGUUCAAGCCAAAUAAUAAUAAGGCUAUUGACUUGAAACAGCAUCAAACUUUAUCUUAUCCGGAACCAUUGGAUUUUAAUCAAAGUGUAACUAUAAAUAAAUUGGAUACUCCAUCUCCCGUUAAAAAUUCAUCACAUAUCGACGAAUUGAUAUUAGACUCAACUACUAAUAAUAUUGUUAUAAAUAAUAAAAAACGCAACGCAACUAUGUACAGGAACAACAAUAAUAAUAAUGAUGAUAAUAAUAAAUUGAUUCAAUUGCAAUCAAAGCGGAUUCCUACAAAAAUGAAUAAAAAUAAAUUCAAAGGUACUAGAUGGUCUGGAUAUUUCAAAUAUGAUUUAUCAGAGUAUGAUACAAAACCAAAGAUUUUUGAACCUAGUGGUAUCAUUGAUACUAUAUCUAAUUCUACUAGACAAACAGAUGACAGUAAAGACACUACCAAAAAUAGCGGCAACAAUAGUAGUAGUAGUGACAGUGACAGUAUCGCUAAUAAUAAUAAUAAUAUGAUUAAUUUUGAAUCUGGGAAGACAUUUAAGAUACCAAUUUCAGAAUUAGCAGAAUUUUCUGAAACCUCAAUUACGAACAAGAAAUUAUCAAAGAAUAAACUAAAUAUAUUGAUUCAUGGUUCUAAAUUACAACAAUAUGCUAAACAUAAUGAAAUAUUACCAAAAAAUGAUACUGUUACAGAAGAUGAAACUAAAAAUAGUAAGAAGAAAGAAAAUUCAUUUGUUUCUAUUGGAAAGAUGAAGAAUGAGAAUAAUGAUAAGGACAAGGAUAAGGACACUAAGAAGUCAAAUAUUGUAUUACCCACCGCUGGUUUUGAUUUCCUUAAGAAUGAUGUUGCACAACCGAAGAAUAUUACAUUCUCGUUUAAUAACCAAAAUAAAGUUGAUGAAAACAAGGAUAAGAAAGAUAUUAUCACAGAAAAAUCACUCUUCUCUUUUUCAAAUUCUAUUAAAACUGGAAAGGAUGAGGAUAUUGAGAAGAAACAAGAGGAUAAGACUGCUGGCAAUGGGUCAAAACUAUCCUUUUCCUUCAAUACUAAAAAUGAUUUUACUAGCGGUCAAAAAGACGAACAACUCGUACAAAAACAUCCUUCUUCAGCAGUAUCUAUUGAUCUGACAAAAGAUCUCAAGAAACCAACUUUUACUUUUACCUCAAAUAGAAAUACAGACACAGAAAAUAAAACUUUAUCUUUUUCAUUUGGUUCGCAAAGUAAUGAUAAUGUCAACAACAAACCUAAUAUAACCACACCAAAAUUUUCUUUUGGAUCUACUAAUUUGAAAUCCAAUAAUUCUACUUCAAUAGAUACUACUAAGACUCCCUCUUUUGUAUUUGGGACUAAAUCAGAAACAGCAAAGAAUAGCUCAAAAGAUUCCAGAGAUAAUGACGAUAAGGAAGGUAGUGAUGAAGAUGAUAGACGUCCUAGAAAGCGGCCUACCUUUUCUUUUACUACCCCAUCGACAACAGAUAAUAAGAAUUUGGAUGCUGGUAUUAUUAAUGCUACAGAUACGAUUAAACCUUCAUUUAAUUUUGGCUUUGCUAAUAAUACUAUGAAUAACAAGGAGGAUGAUGGAAAAGAAACAAGUAAAACUCCAAGUUUUUCUUUUGGCUUAACAAACUCAAAUGUAGAGAAAAAGCCAUUAUCUUUUUCUUUUGAUAGUAAACUUAAAUCUAGUGAAAACACUGUUUCUGCAUCGUCAAAGAUAACACCUUCAGAGGAAAAUAAUCUUUCUAGUUUGAAUUUUGCCACGAAUGUAUCAGGCACACAAGAGACAGGUAAUCAAGAUUCUAAAAAGCAAAACAUAUUUUCUUUUGGUAAGAAUACAUCCAGUGAGCAAGCAUCUUUAAAAAAAACAAUAGGAACAGCAGCAAAAGCGUCUAGUGGAGGGCCAAGUUUCACUUUUGGAGCUAAACCUGCUACAGGAACUUCAGAAACUACUCAAUCGACAUUUCCAUUUAAUAAUAAAGUUGAUAUCAUUAGCAAUGACUCAUCUGCGAAACCAUCUUUUACAUUUGGAGCCACUACUAGUUCAAGUACUGGAAAACUCGGAAGUACAGUUUUGAGCAAGCCUUCGUUUAGUUUUGGUGCCCCAAAUAAAGAAGCGACAUCUAUUAAUACUGUUACAUCAACUGCAUCAUUAUCCUCAGUUAGCAAGUCUGCAGGAACUAUGGAUUUACAACUGAAUAAUGAUGCCAAAUCUUUAGGGGUAUCUUUAACUAACCCAUUACUAAGUAAGUCAGGUGACUCAAACGCUACUAAUAGCGGACCAUCUACGAAUGUGGCCAGUGCUGGUGGUGGUUUUAAAUUCGCAAGACAGCAGGUUCUAUCUUUGGGUACUAAUAUUGGUCAACAAGAUAGCACAAGUGCAUCGGGAACUUCACUAUUUGGCGGUAAUACAGCUGCAGGUAUGAAUGGUAUGCAAACUAAUAAUGUACUGAACAAUAAUAACAAUAACUUAGGUAAUAAUCAGGGGUUCAAUUUUACAUUUAAUGCAAGCAAUAAUAAUAGUAACAAUAGUACUAUGAAUUCAUUUGGUAAUAAUACCAAUAAUAAUACACUUCCGGGUGGUUCUGUUUUUUCUUUCAAUAAUAAUAACACAUCUAACAAUAUGUUUACUAGUAAUAACAAUAUGAACGGCUCAAGUUUUAAAUUUGGUCAACAGCAGCAAUCUCAGAUAAAUAAUACAUUUCAUCCAUCCAGUCAAGUUAAUUUCAACUUCAACCAAAAUGCAAAUGCGAAUCCUGCUGAAAUAUUUUCUGGAUCUUUGAAUAAUAAUAACGGUAUGGGCAACAUGACUAAUACGAUCACACCUCAACCAAAUCAAUUCCCACAUAGGAAGAUUGCUCGUAUGAGAGCAUCUCGUCGUUGA